AUGCCGGGGCUCUUGAAGAGAAGGUGGUAUGACGUCAACGGAACCCAAUGCUCCGUGGACGUUCGGGGCAUUUGGGACAACGAUGCCGGAGCCAGGAAUGCCGCCGCUCCAGGCAAUCCGUUGUGCAAGCUGGCGGCGUUCAGGGGGCCGUUCCAACAAGAGGAGUUCCGGCCCUGCUUCGUCAUGCUUUGUGCCAUUCUGGAGGGCCUUUUCAAGGUCGAUGGCCGUUCGGUGCUCCAGAUCAUCUGCAGCCACGGCAAGAAUCGCAGUGCUGCCCUGGCAGUGGCACUGAGUGCACUCUUCGAGUGUCCAGUUUGGCUUUCGUCGUACGGGGAUGCCUUCUCCGAAUGGUGGGCGGUGGCCCAGCUCCCGGGUGAGAUCAUUCAGCAGCUCGAAGAGUGGCGUUCGGAGAGCCGUUCGGGGCAUAUCGCCCGGCUCACCCUGCGGGCGUUCCGGGACCUCGAACCCCGCCUGCCGAUGCACCUGGAGGGCCGUACUUUGGCCACGGGACGCAAUCCGCUGCUCGAUGCCGUUCGACUGGACGUUUGGCGUGUGGCACCCGGGGUCCUUCUGGAAUUGGACGAGUUGAGGCUCGAUGAGAAGUGUAUGCGAGCAGUCGGAAACCUCGCUGGCCAUUCGGAUGACGGAGCGAAGUUCGUGCGUGAGAUCUUUCAGGUGUUGCAACGAAACUCGGCCGACCUCAGGACGUACUCCAACCCGUCGGCCGCGAUCACCAGUGCCUGCCGUAAGGAGUUGGAUCGCUUGAGGCCAGAGAUUGCAGGUCUGCCGGGAUCGUCGGGUCGCUCGGACUGA